AUGCGCCUGCUUCACACCCAAACUCUUGAACUGGAGGAAUUCCUCGAGAAUGCAACCCCGGCCUACGCGAUUUUGUCACACACCUGGGAGCAGGAAGAGGUGACAUAUCAAGAUAUGCAAGGUCCAGUUGGAAAGCAGAAAGCCGGAUACACCAAGAUCCGGCGUUGUUGCGAGCAAGCUGCUCAAGAUGGAUACGAAUACGUCUGGAUCGACACCUGCUGCAUCGACAAAGGCAGCAGCGCGGAAUUAUCCGAGGCCAUCAAUUCGAUGUAUGUCUGGUACAAAAAUGCGAAAACCUGCUAUGCAUAUCUUGCAGACGUCGAACCUAUCGACAAACCAUUACCGGAACUCUUGCAUUUAUCAAGAUCCAAGGAGUCUUUCAAGAAGAGCAAAUGGUUCACGAGAGGGUGGACACUCCAGGAGCUCAUUGCACCCGCUAAGGUGGAAUUUUAUGCCAGGGACUGGGUCUCAUUUGGGACGAAAUCAGACCUUGACCUUCAUUCUGCUAUAUCCGAAGUCACUGGGAUUGAUGAAGUUACGCUGACCGGUGGCCGAAAUUUGCGAGAAGUUAGUAUUGCGAAGAAGAUGUCCUGGGCCUCAAAAAGAGUCACAACUAGGACGGAGGAUAUUGCGUAUUGCCUCAUCGGGAUAUUUGGCGUCAAUCUGCCAUUGCUUUACGGAGAAGGAGAGAGGGCAUUCAUCAGACUUCAGGAAGAAAUCAUGAGAAGCUCCGAUGAUCAGUCACUGUUUGCAUGGGGAUUGACCACACAGGAGUACGACCUACUCCCUUCGACCAACGAGAAGACUUCCUCCACUCUACGAGGCUUCCUGGCUCGCUCACCUGCUGCGUUCGAACACUCUAGAAACGUCGUGCCGUACAGAAAUUGGGAGGUCAGCAGGCCAUAUUCGAUGACGAACCAGGGCUUGUGCAUGGAGCUUCCCGUGAUCCAACACGACAAUUUCAAA